AUGCCUAUUUCCUACGACAAGUGGGAUAGACUCGAGGUAUCGGACGAUUCUGACGUCGAAGUACACCCGAACGUUGACACAAAGAGCUUCAUCCGAGCCAAACAGCGUCAAAUCCACGAGCAGCGCGCCCAGCGAAAGCAUGAGAUUGACACGCUCAAAUACGAACGAAUCAUCAACGACGGACUGCUCGAACGCAUCAAUGCUCUCCUAGACGCCCUGAAGAGACACCAAGAAGAUGCAAACAAAAAGAACCCUGACGAGAUUGUGUUUCAGAGUCUGAUCGAGAGCGCCGGUGAUCCCGCCAAAGAUGAACCGCCCAAACCUCCCGCAGGUGUCUACACGCACCAGAAGGAGCAGCCUAGGUACUCUAAGAUGAUGGGGGCUCUGGUCGAUCAGGUCAAGAAAGAAGUCGACGAGAAGAAAGACAAAUCCACAGACAGAUACGCAGACUUUAUACAGGGAGUGAAUGGUCAUCUCACCAAGGUCCAGAAGCUGCAGCAGGAUCUGCUAAAGCGCCUCGCGCAGUUGGAGAAGGAGGCGACCGCAAAGAUCACAAGCGAGGAUAUCCAUAUCGGCUUCGAUUCGUCUCACAUUAAUAAACCAAAACCAGCUUCGAGCUCUGCCGAGAAACCCAAAACCAAGGAAAAGCCGAAAACCGAGAGGGUCGAACUGCUCAAUGCACCUCAAGGCCUAAGCUCACAGGCACGGGAUACACUCCAGUCUGGUGAGGGUGCUGUUUCCUCUGGUGCAGAGGCGGAUAUUGAAGAUGAUUCUCUCCUGGAUAAGCAUGAAGAUGAAGAAGAAGAUGAGGCAAGUCUCAAACUCACGCCAGAGGGCAAGCAGUUCGCAAAGAUCAAGCUUGGAGACUACCGAGCAUGUCUACAAUUCAUCUCCGAGCACCCGAACAUCGUCAAUGAGAAGACCCAGGAUGCCCUUAUGAUCGAAGCCUUCAACGCUCAGAUGAAAGGGCAGGAUACUUAUGCGCGGACAUGCGUACAUCAGAGUCUCCUGAUUCAAUACUGUCGUCAGCUAGGUCGGGACGGCGUCGGGUUGUUCUUCAAGCGAAUCACUACAAAGGGACAUCAAGCGCAGCAGGUGUUCAACAAGGACUUGGCUGAAACAUACGGUCGCAUCAAGACACGUGCGGCCGAGUUACAGAAGGAGGAAGGCAACGACCCAGCAGGUGUGGAACAGAUUCAGCUCCACGCAGUCGAGCCUGGAACGGAGAUCCACAUCAAUGUGCCACAGCCAGGCUCGGAUGACCCUGUCGAGCAAGAGUCACGCCAAAUCUUCGAGCGUUUCCCCCCAGGACUACAACGUGCGCUAGAGAGUGGCAGCUUAGACGAGGUCAACAAAGUUCUAGGAAAGAUGAGUGUGGAUGAAGCCGAAGAGAUUGUGGAGUUGCUGGGUCAAGGCAACAUGCUCAGUCUCCAGGAAGGGGUGAUUGAUGCCACGAACGAAGAGGGGCAAAGGAGACUGAAAGAGAUUGAGGAGGAAGAGAAAAGGAGGAAAGCUGAACUGGCAAAGAGUGUCGAGGUCGAAGGACAGGGAUUGGGUGAACCUGGCGAGGCUGUAAGCUCGUAA